UAUAGAUCUGUGGGUACCAUUAUUAUUGUGUUAUGAAAGAAAAUCAAAUAAAGAGGUUUGUUUUGAUUACCUGAGCAUCCUUUUUACAUUUGCACAUUUAAACUUUUUUUUAAAUCACAUAUUACUUGGUUACUGUAUCGUGAAGAUGAAUUUAUAAAGUGUAAAAAUUAUUCUAGCAGUAAUUGCUGUAAAGUGCUGCGUCAUUAGUCAUCUGACCGGAAGAGACUUCGUGUAUUUUAGCCGUGAUUUCCUUGUUUAUGUAUGCAUGCGAUGGUUAUAUUUUUUUAUGAAUUUACGUCCUUAACAACAACUGCAUAAUUCAGCUAAUAAACGCUGUGCAGUCGUUUUAAGUAAUACAUUAGUUCAUAGUAUUUCUAUGGCGGUAAUCAACGAAAGUUCCGUACGGAAAAUGCUGUCGAAGAUUUAUAAAUACAGGGAUCUGACCGCACGCGACAUAACAAUCGUCGCGUCUCACUAUAAAGAUCUUAAACCUGUGAUGGACAACUACGUGUUCAAUGAUGGCUCCACCAAAGAGCUGUUGAGUCUCACAGGAACAGUGCCAGUAAGCUACCGAGGAAAUGUGUACAACAUUCCCAUCUGCCUGUGGCUUCUGGACACGUAUCCCUACAACCCUCCCAUCUGUUUUGUCAAACCCACAAGUGCCAUGAUGAUAAAAACAGGGAAACAUGUUGAUGCCAAUGGAAAGAUUUACCUCCCAUACCUGCAUGAAUGGAAACCUCUCCAGUCUGAUUUGUUAGGACUGAUCCAGGUGAUGAUUGUGGUGUUUGGAGAGGAACCACCAGUUAUCUCACGGCCCACCACUCAGGCAUCUUACCCAGCAUUCCCAGCAGCAGGCCCACCUAAUUCUUCUUACAUGCCAAGCACACCAGGGUUGCCUUAUGGUCAAGGUCACUCUUCCAAUCCAGGUGGAUUUCAGGGCUACCCUUAUCCUGCAGUAGUCCCAGGAUACCCCACUACCUCAGGCUCCUCUCCCUACACCCCAGUGGGACCCACCCGUGAUGGUACCAUCGGAGAGGACACAAUCCGUGCAUCUUUGGUGUCUGCAGUCAGUGACAAGCUGCGCCGGCGGAUGAAAGAAGAGAUGGAUCGAGCACAGGCAGAGCUGGACACUCUGAAGAGGACAGAGGAGGACCUAAAGAGAGGCCACCAGAAGCUGGAGGAGAUGGUGACCAAACUAGACCUGGAGAUGGCUGAUGUGGAAAAAAACAUUGAUCUCCUUAAGCAGAGAGAUGAGGAGCUGACUGUUGCUCUGGAAAAAACGGAGAACCAGUCUGAGAACAAUGACAUUGAAGAUGUGAUUGUGCCCACUGCUCCCCUUUAUAAGCAGAUUCUGAACCUCUACGCUGAAGAAAACGCCGUAGAAGACACCAUCUUCUACUUGGGUGAAGCGUUACGCAAAGAUGUCAUUGACUUGGAUGUCUUUCUUAAGCAUGUGCGCCUUCUCUCCAGAAAACAGUUCCAGUUGAGAGCCCUGAUGCAGAAGGCCCGGAAAAUAGCAGGCCUCAAUGACCUGUACUGACCUGCCCAAAUAAAUCAUUCCCCCUCUCAGUUAUUACACAUGCACUCUAUGGCAAGCACCCUACCUUUUAUCCAAAAACAGGGGGUUUGGGACCCUCCUUUCCUCAAAUCACAGUCUUUCUAAGUACAGAAAGAUGUGAAAGGUGACUAAUACACCCAGGGCCAAAAUAUUCAAGUAUACAUUCAUAUCAUCAUUAUUACAAAUAACAAGUGCAUUGAAUAUAUCUUUAUAAUAAAAAAAUGAAGUGA